AUGGAAAAACGCGCUCCAAAAAGAACUAAAAAUAUUCGACUCGUUGCGUCUGAGCCUGCGCCAAAGCCGUAUCACGCACCGCUUUACAGCGUUGAUCUGUUUUGCGGUGCGGGGGGCAUCACACAAGGAUUCCAGCAGUCUGGGUAUAACUGCCUCUAUGCGAACGACUUUAUGCCGGAGGCAAUCGAUACCUUUCGCCAUAACCACCCUUCUACCUUGGCUGAAUGCAAAUCUAUUGAGGAAGUGAGUGCGACAACUCUGAGAAAAAAGCUGGGCAUUCAGAGGGGAGCUCUGGAUGUUCUUGUAGGUGGCCCUCCAUGUCAGGGGUUUUCAAUCAAUGCGCCUAAUCGCUUCCUUAGUGAUCCCCGGAAUAGCUUGUUCAAGCAUUACGCUCGAUUCGUUGAAGAGUUCUCUCCCAAAACUUUUGUGUUUGAGAAUGUGCCUGGCCUGUUAUCAAUGGCGGAUGGUGCGAUUUUCGAAAAAGUGCUUCAGGUCUUCAAUGAACUUGGAUAUCACUUGUCGGUAAAAAUUCUUUACGGGCCACACUACGGAAUACCGCAAGAGCGAUGGCGACUCAUUUUGAUGGGUUCACAAUACGCCGAAAUCUCUCACCCUAGUCCGACACACUUUGCCAGAGGUCGUGCAAAUUUUCGUGGUGGUAGUACUUUGACGAUUCCCCUAGCUCCUGCCGAUGCAAUGCGUUUGCUACCUGCAGUCAAUGUAGGUGAUGCGAUUCGCGAUUUACCUAGGUUGAGUAUGGGAGAAGGGGCUGAGGAGGUCGGUUACACAGCUGAUCCGACCAGUGCUUAUGCUUUGCGAUUGCGAAACCCCGAGGGAAUUACGUUUAAUCACUAUGCCGCCAAACUUUCACGGCAAAACAUCGAGCGGAUGCGCCAUGUGCCGCCCGGUGGCUCUUGGCGUGAUAUUCCCCAUGAUUUGCUACCACGGGGAAUGCAGCAGGCGCGCAAGUCCGAUCACACCAAACGCUAUGGCCGACUUAGCUUUGACGGCAUGUCCGGUACUGUUCUGACUAAAUGUGACCCUCACUGGGGCACGGUUUUUUUGCCAGAUCAGGAGCGUACGCUUUCUGUGCGUGAGGCUGCAAGGUUGCAAUCUUUUCCUGAUAACUAUCGAUUCCUUGGCUCAAGGGUUUCUCAAUAUGUACAGGUGGGGAAUGCCGUUCCAGUUUUAAUGGCCAAAGCGAUUGCUGAUUCAGUGAGAAAUCACUUGGCGGAGCACGUCGCAAUUGAAGAUUUAGCGGUAAAUGGCUAA